AGCAGUAUUUCUGCAAUGAUCGCCGGGCGUGUGCAGACAACGUGAAUUGACAUGGAAUCCUCAAACAUACGAGGCAGAGCACAGAGCAACUGCAGCGGUUCAAGCCGCUCGAGCGCGUCGACGGGUUCAGCGUCGGUGACGCAGGAAGCGAGACAUUUCAUCUUUGACCGAGAUUGGUAUCCCGACGUGCCGCUUGUUAUCCAAGCGAAUCAACUGAUUAUCGGGCGUCUUGGGCUGGGGCACACGCUGCCGGAGCUCGUCGCGGAGUCGGCGAGGAACGAGGCGGGCUGUCACCCGGGGACGAUGGCGGCGUACUUUCACCAUGCGAUUACGCUGGAGCUGGCGUGUUUGAUGAGCAAUGAUAUGGUUCAGAUGGCGAUUGUCAAGGGCGUUAGGAUAUGAGCCGGCACCGACGACAGGCUGUUAUUGAGCUUUCUGGGCACGAACGGCGUUCGAUCUUUGGUAUUCUUUCGGCAUUGUUGGAAGACGAACUCUUGGAGGAAGAGCUGCACUUGUUUGCUGGCUAGGAUUUACCGAGAGCGAAUACUGCGGUGGUUAUCAACGUAUCACGGCGAUCGAGCAGCAAUCGGAGUUGCAGUUUAGGGACAGGCCUGGAU